UCGUCGUGCGUAACUGGUUGAGAGUGCGCGUGUUACAAGUUCAAUUGUUGAUUUACAGUUAACUGCAAACAAUUUUCGUUCUACGCCUGUUUGUAAUAAGCAUAAGAAUCGGAUAAUAUAUAUUAUUUAGUGAAAGUGUUGCUACCCUCUUCAAGCAUCGCUGCUCGAGGACAAACAGUGGAGGGACAUACUUUACGCUCAGAGGUUACGAGACAAUUUUUUUUUCUUUUUUCCUCACCUGCACCAAUUGGGCGCAUCUAUAACAAUAUGUCUGUGCAACGUACACCACCGAAGUUUGCCUCCAACCCAGACUUACCGGCAACUGCAUUGUUGGUAGAGGAUACAGUUAUUAAUAUGCGCAAACGUAAACAGCCUGAUGAUGAAGAUAUGGAUCAUCGCAUGAUGCUAUUGGAACAAAAAUUAGACCGUCAAAUGGCCAUAUUUAGUAGUAAGAUGGAUGAAAUGAUUUCUGAAUCGAUCGCUAAUGCUCUUAAAUCUGCAAUAACCUCAGAAUUCUCUAAAAUAUCCUCCACACUGGAUGCCAUAAGCGAGUCUGUUAUGGAACUACGUAAUGAUAAUGCCUCAUUAAAGAAGUCACUUAAAGAUAUGGAUGUCCGUUUUACAGAAAUUGAACAAUCAUUAAAUUUUUGUAACACACGGCAAGAUGAGUUUGAGAAAGAUUUAAUUACGCUAAAAAAACAAAUUCAACUCACAUCUGACCUUCCGGAUUAUGUUCAAACCCUCGAGUAUAAAUUGGCCGUAAUGCAACAGCAAGCAAGGGAGUGUAACAUCGAGAUUAGUAAUGUGCCGGAGAAACGCAACGAGAACCUAGUCAAUAUGGUAAUCAGUCUAGGAACAGCUGUGAAACAACAAAUAUUAGUAUCGGAUAUUGUGGCUGUUCAUCGUGUGCCCCACGCAAGUCAGACAGAUAAAAGACCUAAAAAUAUUGUCGUGAAACUUACAUCAAGGAUUGCUCGAGACAACAUUGUUGCUGCAUGUCGUUCAAAAAAAAACCUUGAUACGGAAGGACUGGGACUACCCGGCACUGUGCAAAAGAUAUACGUGAACGAGCAUUUAACUAUCCAGAACAAAAUAUUAUUUCGUGAAUGUCGUGAACGAGCCAAAUCCAGUGAUUAUAAAUAUGUUUGGGUUAAAUAAGGGGUUGUGUUUGCAAGAAAGUCGGACACUUCCCCUGUGCUGGCCAUACGCACACGGAACGACCUUGAAAAAAUCAAUAAACCAAAAUUAUGCCAGGUAUCGGUAUCAUAAGGUUUCGACUGUGUAUAAGAGGUAUUUUGUUGCGUCAUUCUUAUCUCAUAAAUCUCAUAAUAAAGCUUGUAAAAUAAAUAAAAAAAGUGUCCCCACGCGCUAUUAUUAUAUAUACAUAAUUCCAACCAACUUUCUAGCUAAGAAAAACAUUAGAAAACAAACUAAUAUAAUUACAAUUGCUGUGUAUUUAAAGCAUAAAAACAUUGUAUCUUUAAACUGCCCGCAACUAUUUUCUCAAAAUAGUGUUAACCAUAUUUUUCUUGUAAGUUGUUGUAAAUAUGUUAAUUUUAAUUUUAAUUGUAUUAGGUCACUUUUGUCUAUGCACUGUCUCGAUCGUUUGCUAGAACACAAAAACAGGGUAAUUCUGUAUUUCUUAAAAUAUGCACAUUUUGUCUUAGUUUUAAUUAUAAAUUAUGACUGCAAAACACUUGUCAUCUCAAUUUUAUACUGUGAUAAAACACUAACAAUUAUAAACGUCUAUCCAUAUGUAUGUAUUCUGUGUACUUCAAUACCAAAUAUCAAUAAUUGGUAUUUACCGAUUAAUA